GUUAUCAAACCAUCAUCGAAAUUCUCUAUCCAUCAUCCUUUCAUAAUCGAAUAAACCAAGUUCAGAGUAGGGAUAAUUUCACCCAAAACUUUGAAGUGAUAACUGAUGAAGAAAGAGAUUCUUGCAAAGAUUCGACAGAAGGGGAACAAAGCGAUGUUGAUUAUAUCCAAGAUUCCCAAAAUAACAAGUAUCAAGUUGAAGAAGAAAUGAAUACAAACAUUAAUGAAGUCUGGUAUGUAAUAUUAUAA